CCGGCCACGACGUCGUUCCGCAGUUCUUGGGCAACCCCCGAGGCAAGGCGUCGAAGGGUCUGAGCAGAUCGUCGAUUCGUCGGAACCUCUGAGGAGCAGAGCUCGAGCUUCCGGCGACAAUGGAGGAGAGAGAAACGAUGAGUUCGGCGACGGCGACGGCGACGAAGAAGACGAAGCAGAAGCACGCGCGCUCGGAGUUCUGGACGUGGUUCGUCGCGUCGGUCGCGUUCAGGCUGGUCCUCGUUUACCUCCCCAGGAACCUCCACCUGUCCUCCCGCCCCGAGGUCGCCACUCCUCUCACCAGCAUUCGCCGCCUUGCCGAAGGCUACUGGUUGAAGCAGUCGUCGAUGUCUCCGUACGCAGGUUCCAUGUAUCACGGUUCUCCUUUGCUAUUGCUGCUUCUCGGACCUCUUACUGUCAAAAGGAUUGAAGGGCAACCGGAGCAUCUUCUGUGCAGUCUACUUCUUGUGAUUGCAGAUAUUCUCAAUGCAAUGCUUAUUCGUUCGACUGGUCAGAGUCUGCAAAAGGCAUAUGUGCAACAUCUGGAAGCUCUGGAUCUUUUCAAGUUGACAGAAAAAUCAGGGAUAUUACCAUCAGGAGACAUUGCAGCCCUGGUCUAUCUGUGGAACCCUUUCACAAUAGUUGCAUGUGUUGGUCUAUCGACAUCCCCUGUUGAAAAUAUGGCAAUCCUUUUAGCCCUUUAUGGUGCUUGUAAAGGACUGGUUCCCUUGGCAGCUUUUGGAUGGGUCUUGGCUACGCACAUGUCUCUUUAUCCCGCAAUACUUAUAAUUCCAGUUAUUCUCUUCUUGGGGUACGGUCCAGAUGCUCCUCCUAGGAAAUUGUUCCUGCAAAGGAGCUACAGGAAAUGUGGAACUAGCCCUUCCAGUGAUCAGUAUCGUAAAACAGAGGAUGCGGCAGACCUGUUGGAACUCCGAACUACCUUCUCAUGGAGACGAGUCAUGCAAUUCCUACUCUGGACUUUUAUCUGGGGAAUCUAUUUUUUGCUUCUUUGUGAUAUUUCUGUCAAGCAGUAUGGUGGUCUUUCGGAGAUGUUUAAAAGUACUUACGGUUUCAUUCUGACCGUGAAGGACUUGUCUCCAAAUACAGGUGUCUUAUGGUACUUCUUUGCUGAAGUCUUUGACUUCUUCAGAGAUUUUUUUCUUAUAGUUUUCCAUGUGAAUAUCUUGUUUAUGAUACUACCACUUGCCAUACGGCUGAAACACCGACCUGGCUUUCUGGCUUUCGUGUAUCUUGCAAUCUCUUCAAUGUUCAAAUCCUAUCCUUCAGUUGGUGAUUCAGCUCUUUACUUGGCUGUGUUGGCUUUGUUCGUGAAUGAAUUGGCAGACAUGAAGUUCUCUUUCUUCCUCUUCUGUGGAUAUGUUGGAGUGUCUCUCCUUAGCCCUGUCAUGCACAACUUAUGGAUUUGGAGGGGCACUGGCAAUGCAAACUUCUAUUUUGCCACUGCUAUGGCCUAUGCUUGCCUGCAGAUUAUUUUGGUGGUGGAGAGUGUCAGUGCAAUGCUCAACCAUGACAGAAAGUUAAGAAAAAUAACUACAGCGCAGCUAGAUGACGGCAAAUCUUAGGCCCUUGUUGCGACUGGUGGUGGUAGUUUUUCCGCCUUGAGCAUCUGUCAACGCUUAAAAAUUCUCAGGAGCAGAAAAGGUGCAAAGGUUUCUGCCCAGAUCAAUCCUUGAUGUUCAGGCACCCUCUCUCUCCCUCUCUCUUUCUCUGGCUAGAUGUUUAGGGCUUUAGUCUUGGGUCUUCUUCCACAAACUAUAUAGCUCACCGUUUGAUAACGAGUUUUGCGUGGAUUUUAACGUAAAAUUCAAUAGGCUAUUGAGUGAAUGCUCGAGUUAAUUAUGACAUUGCGCCGAUUUUGUAU